CGGCGCCGAGCCCGGGCCGGAGCGGGGCGAAGGGGGCCGAGCGGCGGGCCAGGCUGGGCCGGGCCGGGCAGGGCCGGGGCGCGGGCCGGCAGGAAGAUGGCGAACGUGGGGCUGCAGUUCCAGGCGAGCGCGGGGGACUCGGACCCACAGAGCCGGCCCCUGCUGCUGCUCGGGCAGCUGCACCACCUGCACCGCGUGCCCUGGAGCCACGUCCGCGGGAAGCUGCAGCCCCGGGUCACCGAGGAGCUCUGGCAGGCUGCCCUGAGCACGCUCAACCCCAACCCCACGGACAGCUGUCCCCUCUACCUGAACUACGCCACCGUGGCUGCCCUGCCCUGCAGGGUGAGCCGGCACAACAGCCCCUCGGCCGCCCACUUCAUCACGCGGCUGGUGCGGACCUGCCUGCCGCCCGGAGCGCAUCGCUGCAUUGUGAUGGUCUGCGAGCAGCCGGAGGUCUUUGCUUCCGCCUGUGCCCUGGCCCGGGCCUUCCCGCUGUUCACCCACCGCUCAGGUGCCUCUCGGCGCUUGGAGAAGAAGACGGUCACCGUGGAGUUUUUCCUGGUGGGACAAGACAACGGGCCGGUGGAGGUGUCCACAUUGCAGUGCUUAGCAAAUGCCACAGACGGCGUGCGGCUAGCAGCCCGCAUCGUGGACACACCCUGCAAUGAGAUGAACACCGACACCUUCCUCGAGGAGAUUAACAAAGUUGGAAAGGAGCUGGGGAUCAUCCCAACCAUCAUCCGGGAUGAGGAACUGAAGACGAGAGGAUUUGGAGGAAUCUAUGGGGUUGGCAAAGCCGCCCUGCAUCCCCCAGCCCUGGCCGUCCUCAGCCACACCCCAGACGGAGCCACGCAGACCAUCGCCUGGGUGGGCAAAGGCAUCGUCUAUGACACUGGAGGCCUCAGCAUCAAGGGGAAGACUACCAUGCCGGGGAUGAAGCGAGACUGCGGGGGUGCCGCGGCUGUCCUGGGGGCCUUCAGAGCCGCAAUCAAGCAGGGGUUCAAAGACAACCUCCACGCUGUGUUCUGCUUGGCUGAGAACUCGGUGGGGCCCAACGCGACAAGGCCAGAUGACAUCCACCUGCUGUACUCAGGGAAGACGGUGGAAAUCAACAACACGGACGCCGAGGGCAGGCUGGUGCUGGCAGAUGGCGUGUCCUAUGCUUGCAAGGACCUGGGGGCCGACAUCAUCCUGGACAUGGCCACCCUGACCGGGGCUCAGGGCAUUGCCACAGGGAAGUACCACGCCGCGGUGCUCACCAACAGCGCUGAGUGGGAGGCCGCCUGCGUGAAGGCAGGCAGGAAGUGUGGGGACCUGGUGCACCCGUUGGUCUACUGCCCUGAGCUGCACUUCAGCGAGUUCACCUCAGCCGUGGCUGACAUGAAGAACUCAGUGGCGGACCGAGACAACAGCCCCAGCUCCUGUGCUGGCCUCUUCAUCGCCUCACACAUCGGCUUCGACUGGCCUGGAGUCUGGGUCCACCUGGACAUUGCUGCACCGGUGCAUGCCGUGAGUGUCCCCCCUCCCCACUGGCCCUGGCUGCUCCUGCCCUCUUGUCCAAACAGCACCCCUCUGGCUCUGGAGCUGCUGGCAGAGCUCAUCAGAAACUUCUUUCUCUGUUUGCCUCUUGGUCCCUCUUUUGUCUUGGGUGUUUCUCUCCUGCCGUCCCGUCCACACGCUUCCCGGGUUCCUGCCCGCCCAGGGCAUUGCCACAGGAAGUACCAUGCCAUGGUGCUCACCAACAGCGCUGAGUGGGAGGCCGCCUGCGUGAAGGCAGGCAGGAAGUGUCUGUGACCCAGCUUCCAGCCCGCUGUCCCCCCACCCCACCAGGUCUCACCCUCCCUGGGAACAGAGUGGCUGCUGUGUGUGACCCUUCCCCAACCAGCCUGUCCUCCAUAGGGGAUCCUGGGCCCUCUGUCUCACCCAUCCCCACCCUGAGGAGCUCCCGGGGCAGAGGCAGAGCACACAGGGCCUCGCGCACUGCCUAUGCCUGGCCUGCUGGCCCUGAAUGUGUCCAGCCAGCAGCACGGAAGGCCCUGGGCUCCGGCUGGUGCUCAGGAUUUCCUUCCUGAGAAGGGGACUGUGGGGCACGUGGAGGGGACCUAGGAGGUGAGGGUCCCCAGGAACCCCUCCUGUGCUGCAGCCCCACGCCCAGGGUCUGUGUCCUGCCCUUUGCUUACAGGGUGAGCGAGCCACAGGCUUCGGCGUGGCCCUCCUGCUGGCGCUCUUCGGCCGUGCCUCCGAGGACCCUCUACUGAACCUGGUGUCCCCGCUGGGCUGUGAGGUGGAUGUCGAGGAGGGGGACGUGGGGAGGGACUCCAAGAGACGCAGGCUUGUGUGAGCCUCCUGCCUCGGCCCUGACAAACGGGGAUCUUUUACCUCACUUUGCACUGAUUACUUUUAAGCAAUUGAAAGAUUGCCCUUCAGAUGGGUUUUGGUUUGUCUUUCUGGUCGUCAGCGUGGUGGUGGAAACAGCUGAAGUUUUAGGAGACAGCUUAGUGUUUGGUGCGGGCCACGGGGAGGGGACCAGGAAGCGCUGGGGCUUGUUUCUGUUUGUUACUUACAGGACUGAGACAUCUUCUGUAAACUGCUACCCCUGGGGCCUUCUGCACCCCGGGGUGAGGCCUCCUGCCUGCCUGGUGCCCUGUCCCAGUCCCAGGUCCCGUGCAGGGCACCCGCGUGGCUGACGGCCAGGCUCUUACUCCAGCCGGGGCUGCCAGCGCAUCCAGCCAGCCCAGCCCUGUGAAAGAUGGAGCUGACUUACUGCAGGGGACCCGAUUGAUAGGGCAAGAGAAGUCACACUCUGGCCUCUCAGAAUUCACUUGAGGUUCAAUUAAAUACAGUCACACCACCCCUUCA